AUGUUUUUGGUUGCCAAGAAAAUUGAAAAUACAAGUAUUGCCUUGGAUAAAUGGCAACGUCCUUUCUUUGGGGAUAUCAAUGCAAUCCGUGGUAGGUUAGAGGAGCUGUUGGGGCUGUCUAGCUCACCGGUUUUGCAGGCUGAGAAGAAUGCUUUGUUGGAAAGGCUAGAAGCUUUGCUUUCGGAGGAGGAGACUUAUUGGUGUCAGAGAGCUAGAGUUUCAUGGCUCAAGGAUGGGGACAGGAAUACAGGUUUCUUUUACCGUAAAGCGUCCAAUAGAAAACGGAAAUUUUUUAUCAGUGGCCUGCAUGAUGAGGCAGGUGAUUGGUAUGAGGAUGAUGAAGGGUUGGAAAACAUUGUCGUGCAUUAUUUUGAGAAUAUGUAUAAAGCAGGAGUUGUUGAUUCUACUGCAUUAGAGGAGACUUUACAGGCUAUCAUUCCUUCGGUUUCGGAAGAUAUGAAUUUAUCUCUUUGUACUCCUUAUAGUAGUGAGGAGUUACUCAAACAGAUUAAUUUCACGCACAUCUGUCUGAUUCCUAAGGUUGAUUCUCCAGAGACUAUGGCAGAUUUGAGACCUAUAGCAUUAUGUAAUGUGAUUUACAAGUUAUGCUCCAAGGUUAUUGCUAAUAGACUAAAGAUGUUAUUGCCUCAGAUUAUUUCACCAUUUCAGAGUGCAUUUAUUCCAGGUAGACUGAUUACCGACAACACGCUGGCAGCUAAUGAGUUGGCACAUUUUAUUCAUAAUAAAAGAUCAGGUGAUGAGUUCAUGGCUCUUAAAUUGGAUUUGAGUAAGGCGUAUGACCGGUACUCAUUUCAAGUGUGGGGUAAGCCUCGUGGAUAUGUGGUUCCAACAAGAGGUUUAAGGAAAGGUGAUCCUCUCUCACCUUAUCUGUUUUUACUUGGGGCUGAGGGUUUGUCAGCUUUGCUACUUAAGAAGGCUGAGUUGGGUGUGUUACUAGGUAUCUCUAUUUGUGAGGGUGCUCCUAUGGUGAAUCACCUCCUCUUUGCAGAUGACAGCAUGCUAUAUGCUAAAGCCAAUUUACAGGCUUGUCAGGCGAUCAGUAAUGUGUUGGAAGUGUAUGGCAAAGCAUCUGGGCAACAGGUUAAUUUUCACAAGAGUUCCGUUACUUUCAGUAAGAACGUUGGGAUAGUGAACCAGAGGUUAUUUGCUUCUUCUUUGGGGGUUGAGGGGUGGAGGAUUCUGCAGUAUCCGACAUCUUUGAUUACAAGAAUGUAUAAAGCAAGGUACUUCCCGAAUUCUACCUUCUGGGAAGCUGAGAGUCAUCCCACACCUUCUUUCUCGUGGAGGAGUAUCUUUGCUGCAAGGAGUGUGUUGGAAAAGGGAGCUAGAUGGCAAAUAGGGGAUGGGAAGGAUGUUUUAUUAUCUGACCCGUGGGUGUUGAAUAAUUAUCUUCCAACUGUGGAGAGAUUAAUUGAGAAACAGGUUCCAUUGGAGUCAGGGACAUGUAUACUUUGUGGGGUGGAGAAUGAAACAGCUGAGCAUUUAUGCAGGUAUUGUCCUUUUGUGAUGGAGACUUUGGCAGCAGUGCCUGGAUUAGCACGGGUUGGCUAUUCUAGUGCAGCAACGCAGUUCCAUUUUGUGGAUUGGUUGUGGUAUUGUGCUUCUCAUCUGUCCUCUCAAUUAUGGGCAAUUUUUGUCCAUACUUUGUGGGGAAUAUGGAGGGAAAGGAAUGCAAGGGUAUGGGAUAAUAAGCAUACGGUGGUGGCCAAUGUUGUGAUGCUUCCUUCUGUCAGGCUUCAGGAGUACCAACGACACCAUAGUAAAAAUAAGAAUGGGGGGAAUAGAAGAGUUGUACCUUGGAAACCACCAAGUGCAGGAUGGGUGAAAGUAAAUUUUGAUGGAGCUUAUCAUGGGGCUACUGGUACUGGUGGGAUUGGAGUGAUAAUUCGAGAUGAUAUGGGGCAGUGCUUGGGUGGUUGUUAUGCUCCAGUUUCUAAUGUUUCUUCUGCUGAGCAGGUUGAAGCUUUGGCUGGGAGAGAGGCUGUCUCACUUGCUAUUCAGCGAGUCCUUUCUCCUGUGAUUAUUGAGACGGAUUCUGUUACUCUUUUGCAUGCUACAAAGCAGAGAGUCAUCCCCCAUACUUCCUUCAUUGGUCGUGUGUAUGAUGACAUUAUCUUCCAUCUUCAAUAG